AUGCUGCGCACCACUCGGCAGAGCAGCCUGCGCCAGAGUCAACCGGCAAUUCAAAGCUUUGCCAGGGCAACCAAGGCUGGUGUCGUGCCGCAAUUACCUGCCAAAAAGGUCGCAUCUCUCCCCGUUUCACCGUCGAAAAAGCGAAAGCUGCAGGAGCUCGAGAACGUGGACACUGCGGGUCGACCAUCCAUCGAGGACGAGGAAGCCAACACCCCGUCCAAAACCUUGAAAAUCAGCCAACUGUCGGUUUCCUCGCCCCGGAGCGGCCACUAUGCCUCGCCCAAGCGCACCCCGAGUCGCCGCUCUCGUGUGUCCGCCGUCGCCACGAUCGACGAGGCUCCCGCAACCCCUUCCAAGCAGCGCACUCUCCCCUUCGAAAAGAUUGUCCCGGAGCCCAAGCUGGCACCCCGUGCCCCUUGUAUCAAUGAGUUCCUAGAUCUACACUCCGCGUUUGUCCAGGCCCUCUCCAUCCACGCAGCCCACAAUGGUCCGAGCACCCCUGCCGACCUCAGAGAAUUCCUCCCCAGCGUGACUCGGAUCUGGAAAAAGCGCAAGGUGCAGACCAAGGAUUUGCAACGCCUGUUGGGCGUUUGGGAGCACAGUCUAAAGGCGAAGGACGUGUCUUAUCGUCUCGCCAAUUACGGGCUGGGUAAAAUCUGUCUGGAGCGCAUGGUGCAGGUUAACGAACAACCUCCUGCCCUCCAGGAUGCCUUCGAACAGGCCCUGGACCUGCUCUGGGCCCAAGCUGAACAGGCCCUUGAAGUCUCGAAGGAAGAGUACCGGCCAACUUGGUUCCUGGAAACCAUGGAUCUGGCCGUGAUUCACGAAUCUCUCGCCCCCUUCUCCGCAUUUCAGCGUGGCCAGCAGCGACUACAGGACUUGAAAGGCGGCAUCAUCCGAAUGAAGAUGGAGAAAAUGCGCGCUGACAAGGAGAACGUUGGCCCUCGAUCCCCUGCAGCCACGAACACCCGUCGGCAGGGACUUCUGGACCGUCUCAAGAACAAGGAACUGCGUCAGUCAAAGCUGCCUCCUCCCCCAACGAAGAAGGAACUGGUCCGCCAGUCAGCCUCGGAACGUGUGGAGGAAGUUGCAAAUAUCCUAGCUCUCUUGCGUCCGGCUUGUUAUAGCGGCACCGGCAUCAAGGCGAUGUUUGCUUCGCAGCGCAAGCCCUUCAAGCUGGAGACGAUGAUUGAGCAUGUCCGCGAUUCUGUCCGAACCCCGAUUCCGCGCGACGAAGUGGAAAUGUGUCUCGAAAUUCUCGCGGAUGCCCGAGUUGCCGGUCACUGGGUCACAAUGGUGACUGUCAACGAGAUGCGAUCGGUCGUGUUGAAGUCCUGCAAAGACGUCGCGGCCAAGGAACUUCCAGCCAAGGUCGCUCAGUUGAACGCCGUGGCAGAGAAGUCUGCACCUUGUGUGCAGGCCCCUGUGUUGACUCGUAUCUGA